AUGGGAACGGAAAUUUUGCUACCACAGGAUUGUUUACAUGAACGAAUCAGAGUUCCUUCGGCGAGUUUUUCUCGGCGAAGAACUUACGGAAAUUGCCAUAAUCAAUAUAACAAUUAUGGUAAUAGUUUUUAUGGGGUAACAAACUCCGGGAGGAUUAACAUUAACCGGAGACCGGUUAAUCGACCGGAGCAGAGAAAACGGGUUGCGGUGCCGGAGAGAAGACCUAGUUACGAUGAUUUGAAGGUGACGACGGAGAGAAGACCUAGUUACGACGAUUUGAAGGCAGCGACGGAGAGAAGACCCAGCUACGAUGAUUUGAAGAUGGCGAAAGGUGGUGAAUUGGUUAUGGAGAAGGUGAUGAUUCUCAGGAGAGGCGAAUCGUUUGAUUCGAAAAUGAACAACGAGGGUUUGAAGAAGGAAGGUGACGGUUUGGUUGUCAUCGGAACACAGAGACUCGGACCCGAUCCGAAUAUGGUUCCUAAACAGAUCCGGAUCGUUGAUUUCAAGACAGGUUGCGAAGUUUACGCCGGAUCCGCGUUCUCUAUGUCUCCGUCGCCGAGCGCUCUUCCAAUUCCGUCUUUUCAGAGGAAGUUUUCGCCGGUGGGCGUCGACGACUCCGCAACGUGGGAUCUGAGACGUCUCCUCCGUAUUGCAUGA